AUGGCGGCGGCGAAACGAAGCGUUCUUUCCUCGUUGGCGGUUUAUGCCGAGGAUUCGGACCCGGAGUCGGACAGCGAGGCCGGGACGGGCCGAGAGAAAGGAGGCCUGGUCUCGGUUGGGUACGGAGACGACGACUUCACCCGCCUGGAUGGGGACGAGGACGGGUAUGAAGAAGAGGAUGACGAGAACAGCAGGCAGUCAGAAGAUGACGAUUCAGAGACUGAAAAACCUGAGGCUGGUGACCUAAAGGAAUUGUCAGAACUGGAGAAGAGAGAUCCUCAGGAGCUAGUUGCUUCUUUUUCAGAAAGAGUGCGGAACAUGUCUCCAGAUGAGAUCAAAAUCCCUCCUGAGCCUCCUGGCAGAUGUUCUAACCACUUGCAGGAUAAAAUUCAAAAACUAUAUGAGAGGAAAAUAAAAGAGGGCAUGGAUAUGAACUACAUCAUUCAGAGGAAAAAGGAGUUCCGCAACCCCAGCAUCUAUGAAAAGCUGAUCCAGUUUUGUUCAAUUGAUGAACUCGGUACAAAUUAUCCAAAGGACAUGUUUGAUCCUCAUGGCUGGUCAGAAGAUUCAUAUUAUGAGGCCCUAGCUAAAGCCCAGAAGAUUGAAAUGGACAAAUUGGAGAAGGCCAAGAAGGAACGCACAAAGAUUGAAUUCGUGACUGGCACUAAAAAGGGUACAACAACAAGCGCCGCCUCUACAACCACCACAACGGCCAGCACCACUGUGGGAGAUGCCCAGAAGAGGAAGAGCAAGUGGGACUCAGCCAUCCCUGUCACGACGAUAGCUCAGCCCACCAUCCUCACCACUACUGCAACACUGCCAGGCGUUGUCACAGUGACAACCAGCGCAAGUGGAUCCAAAACUACAGUCAUAUCAGCUGUUGGCACCAUUGUGAAAAAGGCAAAGCAGUGA